AUGAUGAAGUACGCUUCGAGCCAACUCGUUCUCAGCCUCGGUGCCUCCGCCAUCGUAGCUCGAGAGCCAGGACAAUGUGUCCAGCUUCGUGCAUCAGGAGGGGUAUCGGGUAUCCUCAGACAGAUCGGUGAUGGCCAGAACAGCAUUGGCGGAGAUAACCCCUUUGGUUGCUACUGCCUAAGCAAUGUGGGCUUCACCGAUUCUUCGGGCCGUGGCUGUAUUCUCACAGCUCCCACCACGCAGCUCCAGUGCGAUAUCGGCGCGAGCCGUACCACUGGUUUUUCGAUCGGAUCUUCCGGAAUGGUUACGUACAACGGCGGCUCUACCUUUUACGCCUGCCCUGUCAAGCCCGACGGCCCGUACAAUGUCUACUCGAAGCCUGUCGCUGGUCAACCAAACUGCGUUAAAAUCACUCUGGGCUCCGCUGGAUCUUGCUACUCUGGAGGCCAACCAAGUACUGCUCCCACGCCUCCACAGUCCAGCGGCAAAGCCAACAACUGCCCAGUCGACCUGAAUGGAAACUACCAAUACCCUCACCUGAUCGUCCCGGUCAACUCUGAGCACCCGAGCCAGGCGUACGGCACCAAUUACUUUGGUAUGGUUAGCAGCACCACGUGCUCGAUCUUCAACUUCGACAUUCCAAGCUCCUACUCUGGCCGCACCUGCACAUUGUUGUUUCUCUGGCCUAAGCACAUUGAGGUCGGGAAGUGCGAUUCUGCCGCUAACGACAAGACGUCUUGGGCCAAUCAACCCGCUUGCUAUGAGCUCGGCAGUUGGAGCAUGACACCUGGAAACUCGUACACACUUAUGUCUAGUUCGUGUGCAGCGAGUCAAAGGGUGGCGUAUAGGAUGUGCGGCAGUAAUGGCAUGUCUCUACGCUACUUCCAGGAUUACAACCCUGCCCCAAUUGGCCUUUACAUUCGGAAGUGCUAAGACGAUAGAUGCUAGUACGCCCUAAGAG